CCGCAAGCGCCGGCGGCGGCUCCGCUCCGCUCCCGGGCCGGGCAGGCUGCGCCGUGGAGAGGCGGCGGGGCCGGUCCGGAUGGGCUCGGGGAGCGGCGGAGCGGGCGCGGCCCCUGCCCGCCGCCCGGAGCGCAGCCCUGGAGAGCCGGAGCCCAGCUCGGUGACGGGGCUGUGUGGGCACAGCCUGGCCCUGCUCCUGUCCCCACGCAGCUGCAGCCAGGAGCUCUGGGCUCGCCCAGGAGCCGAUCCCGAGGGGUUGCCCAUGGAAUAGGCGCUUUUCCAGGUGCCUGGGCACACGAGAGGCUGAAGUUGGUCGCCCCGGGGCACCCGAACCUGCCCUGCCCUGGAGCCCCCGGCCUCUGCCAUGAAUGAUGCAUCCACCAUGGAUUAUGAACUGCUCUCCCCGUCCCUGGUGGAGCACCCCGCCGGCGCCGCGGGCAUGGAUGCCGAGCAGAAAACUGUCUUUGCCUUCGUCAUCUUCCUCCUGGUGUUCCUGGUGAUGCUGAUGGUGCGCUGCUUCCGCAUCCUGCUGGACCCCUACAGCCGCAUGCCCGCCUCCUCCUGGACGGACCACAAGGAGGGCUUGGAGCGGGGCCAGUUCGACUACGCCCUGGUGUGAGGGGAGCCCGGGCCGAGCUCCGGCCCCGCUCCCCCUCCAUCCCUCCCUCCUUCCCUCCCUCCCUCCGCAGGGAUGCUCCGGGCAGGGGGGCAAGCAGGGGGUCCGGCCCCGGGGAGGUUUUCUAGGGGUUUCUCUCUUUUCUAAGCACUUUUCAGUUCUCUCGGCAGCCCGCGGGACGCUGGGGGUUGGACGGGGGGCCUGGACGGGGACCCCGCUGCCCCCCGUGCCCCCGGGCACCGCGGACGGGGCAUGGCGGGACCUGCCCUCGGCCCGCGGGGCCCCUGGGCUGGGCUCUGCCCGGUGCCAGGCCCGAGCUUUGACCCCCGUGCCCCCGCUGCCCCCCGUGCCCCCGGCAGUGCCCCCGUGGUCAGUGCGUGUCUGUGUGUCCUGUAGCUGAGCUGUGUCCCUCAGGGGUUUCUCGGCACCGGCCCCCAGUGCUGGCUUUGUUCCCCCUCUGUGCCACUCCCGAGCCCCCCAAAAGGGAGGGGAGGGUGGAGACCCCCCCUGUGCAGCCCCCCUUGGCCUCCGGCCCUGUCCCUGCCCAGCUGGUGACACCGGGCUGGGCGAGGGGCAGUCCUGGCCUGGGGACACCAGGACGGGUCAGGGGUCCCCAAAACACCCGGGAGAGGCUCCUGGGGCAUCUCUGCCGGGGUGUCCGGCCCUUCCCGGGCUCUCCCAGGGCUCUGGAAGUGGCCGAGGGGCUGCCAAGGGCCGUGGUGGGCAGCGGGAGGGCCCUGCCAAGGGAUUUGGGCCCGGGGGGGAGGGAGAACCUCGCCCCCCUCCAUGGACGUGAAGGGAUUUGGAAAUAAAGCCGCACCGUGCC